AUGGGCCAACAACAGUCGAAGAGCAGCGAUGGAAGCAGAACCCCGAUAAAGAGCUCGUCCUCAUCCAACCUGGUCCCGGAUACUUUGCAGCAGUAUCCUUCCAUAUCCAAAUCUGACACGAAAGAGAGCACAUCAAGAUCGAUAAGGUCCUCGAUUCGUAGCAAGAUCAAGAGUUCGUCAGAGGACAGAACCAAUGAUAGCCCGAGAGCUUCAGGCUCUACUUUGGCCGGGGUUGACGGAUACAGCAAUGACCGGGGAGAUGCUAGUUCGAUUGCCAGUGGCCGCUCAGGCUCCUCGCGUGUCAGUAAAAUCACAAAUACAAAUCUAGUCGACUCUCCAACCUCACCAGCGGAUGACGAUGAAGCUCCCUCACCAGGCGCAGCAACGCCUGCAAGGCCACCGUCACCUACCUCAAAAUCGGUCGGUAAAGGCCAUAAAUCAGUCGACCGAGCUCAACGCGCAGGGGAGGUCGGCGCCGUGUCAGAAGAUGCACCCCACCAAGCCCAUCACCAUUCCUCGACGCAGAAAGCUGGCGAUUCCAUUUUAGUGAAACGCGAAAACCAGAUCAAUCCUCGAGCUCCAGAAACCAAAGCUUCUUUAAGAGCUAGGCUGGCCGACUUGCCCGGCGCAUCCCCCGGCGGAGGAAUGGGAAUUGGCGAUGUGAGCGACAUGGAUUUGGACGAUAUGAUUUCGCGGCUACUGGACGCUGGAUACUCUACAAAAGUGACCAAGGCCGUGUGCCUCAAGAAUGCCGAAAUCACUGCAGUCUGCACGGCCGUUCGAGAGGUGCUCCUUUCUCAACCAGCUCUGUUGGAGCUGAACGCACCUGUCAAGAUCGUGGGCGACAUCCAUGGACAAUACAACGACUUGAUCCGUCUUUUUGAGAUGUGCGGUUUUCCACCGAACGCAAACUUCCUCUUCCUAGGAGACUAUGUCGAUCGAGGGAAGCAAUCUCUGGAAACCAUUCUGCUCCUCUUUUGCUACAAACUGAAGUAUCCGGAGAACUUCUUCAUUCUACGAGGAAACCACGAAUGCGCCAACGUAACUCGAGUUUAUGGAUUUUACGACGAAUGCAAAAGGAGGUGUAAUAUCAAGAUCUGGAAAACAUUUGUUGAUACUUUCAACUGCCUGCCGAUCGCUGCAAUUGUGGCCGACAAGAUCUUUUGUGUUCAUGGAGGACUGUCGCCUAGUCUUUCUCACAUGGACGAUAUCCGGCAGAUAGCCAGACCCACGGAUGUGCCUGACUACGGUUUGCUCAAUGAUCUGUUAUGGAGUGAUCCUGCAGAUAUGGACCAAGACUGGGACUCGAACGAACGUGGUGUGAGUUAUUGUUUCGGAAAGAAAGUCAUCGUCGACUUCCUGGCUCGGCACGAUUUUGACCUGGUUUGUCGAGCUCAUAUGGUGGUCGAAGAUGGUUACGAAUUCUUCAACGACCGACUACUUGUGACAGUUUUCUCCGCUCCAAAUUAUUGUGGCGAGUUCGACAAUUGGGGCGCAGUAAUGUCCGUCUCAAGCAAUCUUCUAUGCAGCUUCGAGCUUUUGAAGCCCUUGGACUCGAGUGCUCUGAAGAGCCACAUCAAGAAGGGCAGAAAUGCCCGACAAAAUAUGCUCAACAGUCCGCCAGCACAGGUGUCAGCCCAAAGUUUUUAG